ACUGCAUGCACAAGACCCAAACCCAUUUUAUCUCUCUCCUCUCUCUCUCUCUCUCUCUCUAUAGAGACCAGAGGGUCCUGAAGAGUGGAGUGGAGUCCUCUUUUUCUCUCUCUACUCUCCCACACUCUCUUCUGCCUGGAUUGUACGGUUUCCCCACUCGCAUUGCACAGCUCAAAUUCGUCCAAAACUAGGGUUUUGGUUUUGGCUGUCGCGGUUUGGUUUUUCGCACUCACUCUUUCUCUCUACAGACCAGAGGGUCCUGAAGAAUAGAGCCCUCUUUUUCUCGCUCUACUCCCCUGCACUGUCUCUGCCUGGGUUGCCCUUGGUUUGAGUUUUUAUAAUCUUAUUGAAGGCAUGCUCUAAAAGAGAUGGAAGAAAGCCCCUCAUCAACAAUUUGGGAUGGGACCAUAACAGGAAUAAAAUUUGGUUUGGCAACUCGUCAUGAAAUCUGUACAUCAUCCAACAGUGACUUCCCCAUAAGCCAUGCUAGUCAGCUUACGAAUCCAUUCCUUGGUUUGCCGCUUGAAUCUGGAAAAUGUGAAUCAUGUGGUGCUGGAGAACCUGGAAAAUGUGAAGGUCAUUUUGGGUAUAUUGAGUUACCAAUUCCCAUAUACCAUCCUUCCCAUGUGAGCGAGCUCAAGCGUCUGCUUAGCUUAUUGUGUUUGAAGUGCCUAAAGAUAAAGAAUAGGAAGUUUCAGAUCAAGAACAUUGGCAUAUUUGAAAGAGCUUUGUCCACAUGUUGUGAGGAGGCUUGCCAAGUUUCCAUCAACGAGGCAAAAACGAAUGAUGGAGCUUGUUACUUGGAAUUGAAGCUACCAUCUAGGUCAAAUAAUUUCCGAGAUGGUUCCUGGAAUUUUCUGGAAAGAUAUGGCUACAGAUAUGGUGAUGAACCGUGUCGACCUUUACUUCCUGCUGAGGUGAUGGUAAUGUUGAAAAAAUUACCCGAUGAGACAAGGAAAAAGCUUGCUGGGAAAGGGUACUUUCCUCAGGAUGGGUACAUCAUUCAAUGUCUGCCAGUCCCUCCAAACUGUUUGUCUGUUCCAGAUGUUUCUGACGGGAUCACGGUCAUGUCUUCGGAUCUUUCCAUUUCUGUACUUAAGAAAGUUCUGAAGCAAGUCGAGAUUAUCAAGAGUUCAAGAUCUGGGACUCCAAAUUUUGAAUCUCAUGAAGUUGAAGCCCAUGAUCUACAAGCAGCUGUUGCACAGUAUCUUGAUGUUAGGGGAACUUCCAAGGCAUCUCGUGAUGUAGAUACCCGAUUUGGGAUUAGCAAAGAACCGAACAAUUCGUCCACUAAAGCAUGGCUUGAGAAGAUGAAAACCCUGUUUAUCAGAAAGGGAAGUGGAUUCUCUUCACGGAGCGUUAUAACUGGUGACGCAUACAAAGGCGUCCAUGAAAUUGGAUUGCCUUUUGAAAUUGCUCAGAGGAUAACAUUUGAGGAGAGAGUUACUCAACAUAACAUGCAAUAUCUACAGAGGUUGGUGGAUGAAAAGCUGUGUUUGACCUACACAGAUGGUUUGUCGACAUACUCGUUGAGGGAAGGUUCAAAGGGGCAUACAUUUUUAAGACCUGGUCAAGUGGUACAUCGGCGUAUAAUGGAUGGGGAUAUUGUUUUCAUUAAUCGCCCUCCGACUACGCAUAAACAUUCCUUGCAAGCGUUAUCAGUUUAUGUUCACGAGGACCAUACAGUUAAGAUCAACCCUCUUAUAUGUGGGCCUCUUAGUGCUGAUUUUGAUGGGGACUGUGUCCAUUUAUUUUAUCCCCAAUCUCUUGCAGCAAAAGCAGAGGUUUUGGAACUGUUCUCUGUAGAGAAGCAGUUGCUUAGUUCUCAUAAUGGUAACCUCAACUUGCAGCUGGCCGCUGAUGCAUUAUUAUCCCUGAAGAUUAUGCUUAAGAACUAUUUCUUGACAAGACCAGCUGCCCAGCAGCUGGCAAUGUUUGUCUCCAAUUCCUUGCCGCAUCCGGCCUUAUUUAAGGCAAAGAGAUCAGGCCCUCAGUGGACUGCGGUGCAGUUAUUACAGACAGCUCUACCACUUGGUUUCGACUGUUCUGGUGAUAGAUUUUUGGCUAGGAAGAGUGAACUUUUGACAAUUGAUUUUAAUAGGGAUGUUAUGCAGUCAAUAGUUAGUGACAUUGUCAGUUCUAUUUUCUCAGAGAAGGGCCCAGAUGAGGUCUUGAAGUUCUUUAACGCUUUACAGCCUUUCCUCAUGGAACAUUUGUUUUCUCAAGGAUUCAGUGUGGGGUUAGAAGAUUUUUUCAUUCAGAGAGCUGUCUUAGAGGACAUUCAUGAUCGCCUUCAGGAAAUUGCCCCCUUGCUUGGUAGCUUGCAUUCGACCUACAAUGAGUUAAUUGAGCUGCAAGUAGAGAAGCACUUACGGCUUCUGAAAUUACCUGUUGCUAAUUUCAUUCUGAGGUCAUCAGCAAUAGGAUAUAUUAUUGACUCCAAGAGUGACUCCUCUAUUACGAAGGUUGUUCAGCAAAUUGGGUUCUUGGGGCUUCAACUUUCGAGUAGGGGGAAAUUUUACACAAAGGCCUUAGUUGAGGACAUGGCUUCUCUCUUCCAUAACAAGUAUCCUAUACAUGCUAACUACCCGUCAGAGGAAUUUGGGUUGGUUAGAAGCUGCCUGUUUCAUGGACUGGACCCUUAUCAAGAGAUGGCUCAUUCUAUCUCUGCGAGAGAAGUUAUUGUCCGUUCAUCAAGAGGGUUGACAGAACCGGGUACUUUAUUCAAGAACUUAAUGGCAAUUCUUCGGGAUGUUGUUAUCUGCUAUGACGGCACGGUGAGGAAUGUCUGCAGUAACUCAAUCAUACAAUUUGAGUAUGGGACUAAGAGUAUGUUUGCAGCUGGUGAGCCAGUUGGUGUGUUGGCUGCAACUUCCAUGUCUAAUCCUGCAUAUAAGGCUGUUCUUGACUCUUCUCCCAGUAGUAAUUCCUCAUGGGAGAUGAUGAAGGAGAUACUACUUUGCUCAGCGAAUUUCAAGAACAGCCUUUCCGAUCGGCGUGUACUAUUGUACUUGAACGACUGUGAAUGUGGGAGAAAAUAUUGCCGAGAAAAUGCUGCAUAUUUGGUGAAGAACCAGUUGAAAAAAGUCAGUCUUAAGGAUAUUGCUGGCGAGUUCUUGAUUGAAUAUAAUGCGCAGCAAACAUUACAUGCAAGUUCUGAAUUUGAUCCUAAUCUUCUCUGUCAUGUUCAUCUCAAAAAGGAACUGUUCCUAGACCUAAACAUAAGUAUGCAAGAGAUUUGUGAGAAAUGCCAAGGGACUGUGGAUUCACUGCGGAAGAAAAAAAAAGUUGGUCAUUUCUUCAAGAGAAUAAGUUUGUCUGCCAGUGAAGAUUGUUCCUUUGGGCAUCCAUGUCAUAUUGGGAUGCCAUGCUUGAAGCUGUUUUGGCAAGGCACAAGUGACCAUUUGGAGAUGACUUCUCAUAUUCUUGCUGACACAAUUUGUCCUGCUUUGUUAGAAACCAUUAUAAAAGGUGACCCUCGGGUUUGCACUGCAAGCAUUAUUUGGAUUAGUCCUGACACAACUGCUUGGAUAAGAAACCCAUGCAAGACUGAGAAAGGUGAACUGGCUUUGGACGUUGUCCUGGAGAAAGAGGCCGUUAAGCAGUCUGGAGACGCAUGGAGGAUUGUCUUGGAUUCCUGUCUUCCAGUCAUUCACUUGAUUGACACAAGUCGGUCAAUUCCACAUGCAAUAAAGCAAGUUCAGGAACUCCUUGGAAUUUCUUGUGCUUUCGAGCAAGCCGUUCAGCGCCUCUCAACGUCGGUAUCCAUGGUAGCAAAAGGUGUGCUUAAAGAGCAUCUGAUUCUCUUGGCCAAUAGUAUGACGUGUGCUGGGAGUAUGGUUGGCUUCAAUUCUGGUGGUAUAAAGGCUUUGUCCCGAUCGCUAAAUGUUCAAGUACCCUUUACAGAGGCGACAUUGUUUACCCCAAAAAAAUGCUUUGAAAGGGCUGCUGAGAAAUGUCACCUUGAUUCCCUGUCGAGCAUAGUUGCCUCGUGUUCUUGGGGAAAACAAGUCUCUGUUGGCACAGGUUCACGAUUUGAUGUUCUCUGGGACACAAGAGAGGUUGGAAUGAAUGAGCUUGAUGGAAUAGAUGUGUAUAACUUUCUUCAUAUGGUGAGGAGCAGUUCAAAACGAGAGGAAACAACCAGUGCUUGUCUUGGUGCAGAAAUUGAUUACCUGGAACUUGAGAAUGAUAUUGCGGAAUGGGCUAUGUCGCCAGAGCGGAGUUCUGAUAAGCCAAUCUUUGAAGAUAGUUAUGAAUUCCAGGAUGACUUGGAGAAUCAGAUGGUUGAUGUUGGCGGGCCUGGCGACUCUAGUUGGGAAAAAGUUUCAUCGGUAAAUACUGAGCCCAGCAAGGAAUGGGCUGUGGACAAAGGAAAUAAUUGGGAUUCGGGGCCAUCAGGAUCCAAACCAAAUGGUUGGUCCUCUUGGGGGGUGGAUGCAGUCCAGCCAGAAGAUAUUCUCUGUGGUGGGCAGCAAGAUUUGGAACAGGUUGCUCAGCCAAAAACUUCCGUUGCUUGGGGUUCUUUAGAUACUGAAGAGAGGAAAGAUGAAGUACAAUCUCAAACCGGAUUUCAGCAUGAGUCACCUAGUAAUAUCUGGGGUUCCAGUCAAAAAAGCAAGUCCACUGAGGCCAAGGGCUGGGCUGUUGACAAAAAACAGAGUUCGGGGGAUCCUACAACGGUGACAAAAUCAAAUGGCUGGUCCACUUGGGGGGUUAGUGGUAAUUCCAAUGAAGAGAGCCCGAGUAAUAUUGAACCAAAGUCGCAGAUGGUGCGGCAGGAAGAUUCACCAGCCAAUUCCUGGAAGUCCAGUCAGAACAAUGACGGCAGUGGUGGCAAGGAUUGGGGGACUAACAAUGAACAAUGGGGGGCUGGAAAAACAGUGUCAAAGCCAAGUGGCAAUUCGUGGAAGUCCAGUCAGAACAAUGACGGCAGUGGUGGCAAGGAUUGGGGGACUGACAAUGAACAAUGGGGGGCUGGAAAAGCAGUGUCAAAACCAAGUGGCAGUUCCUGGAAGUCCAGUCAGAACAAUGACGGCAGUGGUGGCAAGGAUUGGGGGACUGACAAUGAACAAUGGGGGGCUGGAAAAACAGUGUCAAAGCCAAGUGGUUUGUCCAGCUGGGUGGCUAAUAAAGUUCAGAGAGACGAUCUGCCCUCUACAGCAGCACAGGAAACCGAACAGGUGGCUCAAAGAGAUGACUCCAGUGAUGGCACUGACUGGCUUGCUGCAAAGAAACAAAAUUCUGGGGCCUGCACAGUUUCAAAGCAGAGUGGAUGGUCCUCUUGGGGUGCGGAUGCAUCCCAGGCAGAGGAGAAUGUCUCUGCCGUAAAGCCGAAAGCAUGGUCCAGUUGGGGGGCCGAUGCAGCCCAUGCAGAAAGGAAUGAAGAAUCAAAUCAGUCAGCAAGCAAAGAUGGCUGGGAUUCAGCAAAUAUUGGUGGGAAUGAAGGGGCACAGGUUCAGUGGGGGCAUGGGAAACGAUCCUUUGGGAAGAGAGAGUUCCCUAACUCACAUGGCCGGGAUACCUCUAAUGCUGGAGAAUGGAGAAACAAGCCAAGUGUUAAUUUAACUGCAACCAGACAGCGGUUAGAUAUGUUCACGUCGGAGGAACAGGAUAUUCUUCUGGAAAUUGAGCAGACUAUGCAGUCUAUCAGAAGAAUAAUGCAUCAGACAGGGUACAAAGAUGGGGAUCCAUUGCCUGCUGAUGAUCAGUCUUUUGUCGUUGACUCUGUAUUUACUCACCAUCCAGAUAAAGCUGCAAAGGCAGGAGCUGGAAUUGACCAUGUCAUGGUUAGUAAGCACAGCAGUUUCCAAGAAAGCAGGUGCUUCUAUAUUGUCUCCGUUGAUGGUCGGAAAGAAGAUUUCUCCUACCUCAAAUGUCUGGAGAACUUCAUUAAGGGGAAGUAUCCUGACAGGGCCGAAGCUUUCAUUGGAAAGUACUUUAAGAAACAUCGUUCCCAGAACAGGGAACGCAGCUCUGGUCCUGUCGUGGAAUCUUCUGGUGGUCCGAAUAGCGGACAGAAUGCUUCCCCAGAGGAAGAAGGGUCUGGUGAUAAGCAGUAGGCCUAUAUCACAACAGUCUUCUUUUUGAGCUUUAUGCAGUUUGAUUGUGUAGUGUAACUAGGUAAGGAACAAUCCCCCAUCAUCUGCUGUUUUUACUUGUCUAUAAGAAGCAGAUGCAUGUGAAAACCUUUGGAACUUCUAACCCCAAAUUAACUGCUCCCUUCUUCCGAUUUACGGCAGCUCUUAUUCUCA